AUGGAGAUUUUUCUUGAUAGUGCUGAUUUAAAUGAAAUUAGCGAGUUAAAAGGCUUGAUUGAUGGUAUAACGACUAAUCCUUCGUUGAUAGCAAAAUCUGGCAAUAAGAAUAAAUAUAAAGAUUUAGUGCAUGAGGUAUGUGCUAUUAUAAAUGGGCCGGUGAGUGUUGAAGUGGUUGCUGAUACCCACAACGAGAUGGUGAAAGAAGGUUUAGAUCUAGCAAAAAUUGCUGAAAAUGUUGUAGUAAAGCUACCUCUUACGUAUGAAGGAUUGAUUGCUUGUAAAGAAUUGUCAACAGAGCAUAACAUAGAUGUUAAUGUAACUUUAUGUUUUUCUUCUGGACAAGCACUACUUGCUGCUAAAGCUGGUGCUUAUUUUGUAUCUCCCUUUGUUGGGCGUUUAGAUGAUGUGAGUUAUGAUGGAUUGUCCUUAAUAGAAGAUAUAUGCACUAUAUAUUCUAACUAUAUGUUUGAUACCAAAGUUCUUGUAGCAUCAGUAAGAAGCCCUGCGCAUGUAGUUAAAGCUGCAAAAUUUGGAGCUGAUGCGGUGACUGUGCCAGCCAAAGUGUUAAGGCAAUUAAUAAAUCACCCUUUAACUGNAUUGGAGUUAGCAUAUCCAGUUGUGUUUUUCAUGUUCUAG